CAGAUACCACAAAAAGGUCAGGAAGGGCAGCAAACUUGUUGAUGUUGAAAAAGAAGACAAGGCAUACUAUGUGCCAUUAAUAAAGAGCAUCCAGCAACUUUUAACCAACGAGGCUGUUGUUGAAGAGAUUAACCAUCCUCAUAAUCGUGAUGAUGGGUUGAUGGCAGAUUAUUGUGAUGGUGAGGAAUAUCAAGCACAUCCAUUGUUCAGCCAAAAUAGACAUACACUUCAAAUAUUCCUAUUCUUUGAUGAGUUAGAAGUGUGCAACCCCCUUGGGUCACGAGCAAACACUCACAAAAUAGGCAACUUCUACUACACACUUGGCAACAUAUCACCAGAUAAACGGUCAAGUCUUGGUGCAAUUAUGCUGGUAGCCAUUGUAAACAGCAAACAUCUUAAAGAAUACGGUGUUGCAAGUAUCCUUAACACAAUCAUGGAGGACAUCAGAUUACUUGAGGAGGGUGUUGAAUUUGAUGUUUGUGGGGAAAAAAACAAAUCAAGGGAACUAUUGCCUACUCAUCUGGAGAUAACCUUGGCUCCCAACUAUUAGGAGGAUUUAAGGAAGGAUCCCAGGCAUACCAAAAAUGCAGAGAAUGCAUGGGACUUGCUGAGCAAAUUCAAACCAUGUUCCAUGAAGCUGACUUUACUCUUCGAACAAGGGAUGGCUAUGAGAUUCAUUGUCGACGCCUUCAACAAUCUGAACACUUCAGCGUAACAUUUGGUUUAAAUAGGAGGUCUGAGCUGAACAACUCCAGAUUUUACCAUGUUGUCGGUGGAUUACCAGCUGAUGCAAUGCACGAUGUUUUGGAGGGUACCCUGCAGUAUCAUACCAAAGAGAUUCUGAAAUACUUUAUUCUAGAAAAGAAAGCAUUCUCUUUGGAUGAACUGAAUAAGAGAAUCACCUCCUUUGAUUAUGGCUACCACAACGAUUCUAACAAACCUGCGCCAAUUUUGCGGACAAAACUCACAUCUGAUGAUAACAGUCUCAAACAACAUGCAAAUGAGAUGUGGUGUUUAGGUCUAUUUUUGCCGCUCCUGGUUGGCGAGUUUAUCGACGAAGAUGACGACCAUUGGACUGCAUACUGCACACUACUAGAAAUAGUACGUAUUGUCUUCUCUCCGCUGGUAAGCAAGCAGCAGAUACCGUAUCUUCAAGUGCUCAUCCAGAAUCACCACGAGAGCUUUAAAGCCUUGUAUCCUCAUGCCUCGAUCAUUCCAAAAAUGCAUUACAUGAUUCACAUGCCAAGGACAAUGCUACGGUGA